UUUAUAAGUUCUGUGAAGAAAAAGGACUUAAUCCUAAUCACUUUGAAAUUAGAGAAAGAGGUUUGUCCUACCAAGGAGCCAAAAGAAUAGAUUUUUAUGAUUUAUUUUCCUAUCAGAGAGUAAGAGGAGCCAUUGCCCGAGUAGUUUAUUCCGAAAUAGUUUACGAAGAGGCUAUUCCGAUAGACCAAGAAUUUUUAUAUGUUAAUUUAAUUGAUAGUCUUAAAGGUCGGAAAGGCAAAGAGGGAGAAAAGUUGCCUUUAAAAACCAAAAUAACUUUUCUAGCCAAUCCUUAUUUGUUUAGUGCUUGGUUUUUGGAUGUAUUUCAGAAUAUUCAUAAAUUAAGAAAAUUAGCCGAGGAAAAGAAAAUUAAGCAGGAUAAUAGUGGAGUAUUAGAAAUAACCAAGGAUGAAAAUGGAACCGAAUGGCUACUUUAUCUAAACCUAAUAGAAGGAGAAUAUGAUGCACACUCCUUAGCCCUAGAAGAAAAAAUAAAUCCUCGAACGGUGAACUGGGAUGAUUUUAUGAUAGAUGAACCUAACAAAUAUAAAAUCCUCCAUGCCAUCCAAGACUUUUAUUUUUGUGAAGUCGGAGUUAGGAAAGUUAAGAAAAAAUAUUGCCUAAUGCACUUUACCAAAAACAAAAAAGAAACCGAUAAUAGUUUAGUAAAUUUUUGUUUUAACUUGGAAGAAAAAGCCAAAA